GACUAGUAUUCACAUACGUCAGAGGUUUUGGCAACCCGUAGGUGAACUAUUUUCUUCAUUGUUGACCUUUCCUAAAUCUUAGGUGUAAUUAUUUCAUCAUUAGAAGUGCUUUAGCUUUACCAUUUAUAUCAAGUGUAGAUAUUUUGACAAAGCCUCAACGAUGGACUCGGAAGACGAUACAAAGGAUGAUGUGGAUUCUGGGAACGAAUCGAGCGGAGACGAUGUCGACUUUGUAAUGGACGAGACCCACAGUACUAGGGAACGACAGGUGGAGCUGGAUGAAUACCCGUACGAGGUGCUAUCUACAGAGGAAAUAGUCCAACAUAUGGUUGAUUGCAUCAAAGAAGUGAACACUGUCGUCGAGAUACCAGCCACAACCACCCGCAUACUGCUAAAUCACUUCAAAUGGGACAAAGAAAAGCUCAUGGAACGUUUUUACGACGGCGACCAGGAUCAAUUGUUUUCCGAGGCUAGAGUCAUAAAUCCAUUUAGAAAACCAGUUAUACAGAGGCCAAAGAACGUGUUGCAGCUGCCCAGGCGGACGUCGACGUCAGGAACUGAAGAGUGUGAAAUAUGUUUCACAGUACUGCCAACGGCGAUGAUGACGGGUCUGGAAUGCGGUCAUAGAUUUUGUACACAAUGCUGGUGCGAAUACUUGACUACCAAAAUAAUGGAGGAAGGCUUAGGUCAAACUAUAGCGUGUGCGGCGCACGCGUGCGACAUAUUAGUCGAUGACGCGACUGUGAUGCGACUGGUGCGCGACGCGCGCGUCAAGCUCAAGUAUCAGCACAUUAUUACCAACAGCUUUGUGGAGUGCAACCGGCUCCUCCGCUGGUGCCCGUCGCCGGACUGCAGCAACGCGAUCAAGGUGGCGUACGUGGAGGCGGCGCCCGUCACGUGCCGCUGCGGGCACACGUUCUGCUUCAGCUGCGGCGAGAACUGGCACGACCCCGUGCGCUGCUCGCUGCUGCGCAAGUGGAUCAAGAAAUGCGACGACGACUCUGAAACAUCGAACUGGAUAGCGGCGAACACAAAGGAAUGCCCGAAGUGCAACGUGACUAUCGAAAAGGACGGCGGCUGCAACCACAUGGUCUGCAAGAACCAAAACUGCAAGGCGGACUUCUGCUGGGUCUGCCUCGGGCCCUGGGAGCCCCAUGGUAGCAGCUGGUACAACUGUAACAGAUACGACGAGGACGAGGCGAAGGCGGCCCGCGACGCGCAGGAGCGGUCGCGCGCGGCGCUGCAGCGGUACCUGUUCUACUGCAACCGCUACAUGAACCACAUGCAGUCGCUGCGCUUCGAGUCCAAGCUCUACGCCUCCGUCAAGGAGAAGAUGGAGGAGAUGCAGCAGCACAACAUGAGCUGGAUCGAGGUGCAAUUCCUGAAGAAGGCCGUAGACAUCCUCUGCCAGUGCCGGCAGACGCUCAUGUACACGUACGUGUUCGCGUACUACCUGCGCAAGAACAACCAGUCCGUGAUCUUCGAGGACAACCAGCGCGACCUGGAGUCCGCCACCGAGACGCUCUCCGAGUACCUGGAGCGGGAGAUCACAAGCGAGAACCUGGCCGAUAUCAAGCAGAAGGUCCAGGAUAAAUACAGAUACUGCGAGAGCCGGCGCCGCGUGCUGCUGCUGCACGUGCACGAGGGCUACGAGCAGGACUGCUGGGACUACACAGAGUAAUCACCUCUCCCCUCACUCCUCACACCUCACACGACUGAACUAACCACAGUAUCACAUCUGUGCUCGAAACUCACACUAAGAUCAAACUGAGGAAGAUCGUUUAUAAGGUAAAACCGUCUAAAAGCUCUUUAGUUGCUUCUCUUUCAUUUGUACAGAUGGUCAGUAUUGCAGAAUGAGCGAAGCUCUUCCUACCCAUCUGUGGGACGGGAUUAUGCAAAUACAAGAGUUCUUGCCCUCUGUGACGGUCUACACCAGGGGUCUCCAAACUUUUUUACCUGAGGACCAUAUUGCACCUCAGAAACGCUCGGGCCACCAUCGGUUUUUACGCCGGGAGGGGAGGGGGUCUAGUUGAUGCUGUUUGGAACAAUUCCACUCAAUGAAUGCUGGAGCCUGGGAUCCUUUGGCAGCCUCCCGCGGGCCGGACCGCGGGCUAUCGCAUCGGGUGUCCGCGCGCCGGAUUCGAACGCCUCGCGGGCCGGAUUGGGCCCGCGGACCGGGGUUUGGAGACCCCUGCUCUACAUAAAAAAUAUGCCGGUCUUCCUCAUUUCGAUUUCCUAGUUAUCUCUGGCCGCUUGUCACGUCCUCAAACGUGAAAGCGCGGCGCGUGAGUAGUUCUCAGCACAAACGUUUAAACCUGAUACUCGUACUUGGUCAAACAUAAUCCUCUGUACCCAUACAGACUGCACGAUUGUCCCUGUUCGAUAAUUACUCAUCAUUUACGUUGCCGAUUGUUUUGAUUAUUGAACUUAAUUGUCAAAUUAUUAUUUUUUUAUUCACCGACUCAAAUAAACAGAUAUGACAAUUCAUUUAAUAAUAUUAUGUCGUUUGCCAAUCAUGAUUUUUUUUUCCAUACAUCUCAUGACUUACGGAUGAUUGCAUUGGAAUUAAAAAUGAAUCCGUGUUAAUUAUCUCUGCAUUAUAUAUUGAAAUUUUUACUUUAUUCUUUAACUGAAUGUUUUUGCGAAGUUAGACGUUCAAACAGCUUUUAAUAAGUUUAUCUGACGCGUUCACGGUCAAAUUGUCUUUAAUAAAUACAUUCACAUCUAAACCUAAUAACACACUUUAAAAUAAAGAGAUGCAAGAUCCAACACCUUGUGUUCGUUUUGAAUGUAUUGUAUGUAAGAGUUUUAUUUUUCUAAUAAUAGUUCACCUAUGUAUACACUACCGGUCAAAAGUUUAAGUCCAAACCUUGUUUUCGGUACAAAUAAGUACUUUUAUGCGAUAUUUUUUUGCACUUCGGAUGUCAAUUUUGUUUCCAACCGAUCCGUUAUUGUUUCCAGACACAAUGUUCGAUUAGUCAGACACAAUUUACGUAUAUUUCUAAACAGAUCUUACCCUAAAAUAACAACGGAAACAAUACCGGAUUAGUUGAAAACAAAUUUCGACAUCCGAACUGGAAUAUUGCUCAAAAGUACUCAUGUACCGAAAACGAAGGGUGGACUUAAACUUUUGACCGGUACUAUAAAUUAUAUUAAAAUAUGUAUAAAAUCAUUUUUUGUAUUAUACGAUGAUUCAUAAUUAUACAUACAUCGCUGUUUAGGGACAUGUUUUGCUGAUGUAAGAUCUCAUGUAAUUUACAUUUUAAAUGUAUAUUUUCACGUGGUGAAAGAUAUAUUUACUAAUACUCUCAUUUGGUACUUCUAUCAUUAAAAACUAGUUUAAAGUGUACAAUGGUAAACCAACACUGCUCGUACUGUCAGUAACGCCAUUUCAUUCUAAAGUUGUAUUAACGCUAAUUCAUAUUAUUUUGUUUUGGAAUUUGAAACCAUUAUCUUUUAGUGCAGAAUUUAGAAGUUUAUUUUAGUCAUAUUUUUAUUUAGAAAUGAUAAACAUAAUUGAAUGGACUGGAAUGCAAGAUUUGUAAUGAUAAAAACUGUCUGUAGUCCUCGAGAAUUUCCUGACACUUGUUAAAAUGUACACUCGAUGUUCGAAAAAGCCAGAGCCGAGUCGUUUAGUCGAUGUCAAAGUGUUGGACUAGUAAGUAUAGCUUGUAGCUAGUAACUAAACAGUUGUCCGGGGAAUUUUCCGAUGAUAUGAUGCUACUACAAAAUCUUACUAUUAUUUUCGAUGUUUAGUUUGACUGUGUAAUAAUAAUUAUCGUGUAAAUCGUAUUAGCGUAGUGUAACAUUUAAAACUUCGAUGAUACUUGUUUGAUAAUUGUAUAAUGACCUCAUUUCCCUCGGGAUUUAGAAUAAUAGCGUUUUGUUACUUCAUUUUAGCUUUGGCUUGUUAAUUUGAACUAAAAAAAGUAGAAAACUAGCAUGAAAUGGCACAAUAUAGAGUUGCGAUGAAGAAACAUAAAAAUAUAUUUUACCAAAAAUCCUAUUUUUGUUAUUAGAGUAAUGUUUAUGAAUACGAAGGUAAGCUGUUCGAUCGAAGUUUAGUUUCGGCGGCGUCGUCGCCCAUCAAUAACCUUUCCCAUAACGUACGUAGCGGUUAAUAGUGGUAUACAGACUCGACCGGUGCUGCUCGCCUGGACUGAGGGUCGUUAAAGAAAAUAAGUGGCGGCUAAGUUAACACUAAAUGUUUGCAACUCGGGAUUCGCUGUUUCAUAAAAGUUAAGAGAUAAAAUCUAUUUUUGAAAGUCUAGUGAAUUCAAGCUUUUUGUACAAUAGAACUCGCGCUACAUAUCUGAUAAUUCUGUCAUAAAUAUAUUAAACGAUUCGUGCAUAAGUCGGUUGCACUGCCAGUAAACGUCUAAAGUAAAUUAAUGUAUAGCUUGCGCAUGAGUGUUCACAUAGUGAGCGCGUGUAGAGUAGAAGGUCCUGGCUCACAGACUAAGCGAACAUACCAGAGUAACCCACGGUGUCGCAGAGUAGCUAAAGGACCUAGUUUCGGAACACACUUGUACAUAUAGACGCUAUAUAAAUAUUUAUAUGGUUAAAUUGUAAUUCACAUUAUGACAAUGGUAUUGAUGAGCAUCGUGUGUGUGACUAUGUUUAAGGACACAGUUGGUUAAGUAAGAAUGAAUAAAUAGUAACAUCGACUA